AUGCCAUUGGUCCUUGCGGCGGACGCGUCCCAGUAUGGCGUCGGUGCCGUGAUAUGCCACCGUUUCCCAGACGGAACGGAACGCCCGAGUGCCCAUGCGUCCAAGACCCUGACAGCGGCCGAGAAGAACUACGGACAGAUAGAAAAGGAAGCCCUGGCACUCGUCUUUGGCUGCCGGAAGUUCCAUCAGUACAUCGCCGGGCGCGAGUUUACUCUGUGUACUGACCACAAGCCGCUUCUGAGCGUUUUCGGUACCAAGAAGGGAGUUCCAGUGGUGACAGCAAACCGUUUGCAGCGAUGGGCGCUCAUGCUGAUGGGGUACUCCUUCAGCAUCGAGUACCGCCGAACGGAGGACUUCGGCCAGGCGGACGGCCUCAGCCGCCUACCGCUGCAUUCGACGGAGCUGGACGGACUGUACGGGCUGGGGAUGGACAGCGUGGUGAACGCAAUCCACCUAGAUAACGUGUCCCGUUUCCCCGUGGCAGUCGAAGCCAUUGCACUAGAGACCGCCCACGACCCGGAACUGUCCAGAGUGUUCGAGUACGUCAUGACUGGUUGGCCUGCCUCUGUCGAAGAACACCUGCGUCCGUACAAACGACUCGAACACGAGCUGGUGGUGGUAAAUGACUGCAUCUGCUGGGGCUCCCGGACAGUCAUACCAGCGAAACACCGACAGGAAAUACUCGACUACCUGCAUGCCGCCCACAUGGGCGCGGGUAAGAUGAAGGGUGAGGCCCGGGGAUACUGCUGGUGGCCACACAUGGAUGCGGACAUUGAGCGCAUCUCGAAAGAGUGUCGCAUCUGUUCCGAGCGAGCGAAGGAAACCGCCAAGGUACCACUGUCGCAGUGGGAAGUCCCCGAUGCGCCAUGGAAACGGCUCCACAUGGAUUUCGCCGGUCCAUUCCACGGGACAAUGCUCCUGCUCAUCGUGGAUGCCAUGUCGAAGUGGCCGGAGGUAGUGCAGAUGAAGCACGCCACUUCCGACGGUGUUCUGGAAGCGCUGCGGAACCUAUUCAGCCGUUACGGUGCGUGUACCGAAAUGGUGACGGACAACGGCACCCAGUUCACGUCGCAGGAGUUCGCCGACUUCUGCGCGGAACACGGCAUCCGACACCUGCGAACACCACCCGGCCAUCCACAAUCGAACGGCCAGGCUGAACGUUACGUUCAAACGUUCAAGGAUGGAAUCACGAAACUGAUGGCGGACCGGAAGUCGCUGUCGGCCGCGCUCCGAGAAUUCCUUUUCCGGUACCGGAGCGCCCCCCACGCAACGACAGGGAAGUCUCCCGCAGAACUCUUCCUUGGCCGGAAGCUGCGUUCCCAGCUGGACUUGCUGGUGCCGGUCAUGCUGACCACGACGGAAAGCAACCGGCGGCGCUACCAGCAGAAUUUUGACAAGCAAACGAAGGCGAAGCAUUUCCAAGCCGGUGACUACGUGAUGGUGCGGGAUUACCGCCCGAGUCGGACAGUCGACUGGCAGAGAGGCCAGCUGGUCAAGCGGGAAGGUUCGCGCAUAUGGAUCGUGCUGGUUAACGAAACUGAACUGCGCAGACAUGAAAAUCAGAUGCGGCCGCGACAAUGGCUGCAUCCGGAUGAGCGCGCAAUACCGGCAGCACCCAAUGCACUGAAAAUGCGCGGUACACCGACUGCACCGACUGUACCUCAGGUACCCGAAGCACCGAGCGCACCGCCUGUCGCAUCAGCCCAUGCGCCUGCAGUUGUUGACGACCAACCUGAGAAGUUGGAACAGGAGCCGACGAAGGAGCUUCAGACGGCAGUGCCAGAAACUGCCGCUGCAAAAUCCGAAAAGCCGCAGGCGAGCUCAGCAGUUCCACCUACGGCAAAAUCCAAACCACCGAAGACGCGCGUCGCCAAAACCGACACCACUACUCAGCAGCAACCACAACCGGAAAUCCGAAAAAGCGGACGAGAGAUUAAGAAUCCGGAUCGUUUGAUUAUGGAUCCAAAAUUCGGGAAAUAA